GUGCCGUUCAGUUGUGGUGUGGAAGCAGCAGGGGACUGACGUAAAACUCGUGUGUCGGUCGCGUUGCGUGCAUUUUUUCUUAAAUUAAAAAGUCCUUCCUUCACCUCGUUGGAAACCACCAUCACUCUCCUCGUUCGGUCUCGCGGUGAAAAAGUGUGCUGGGCAAAAAUGUCGUCUUCUCCCGUGCCAGCUGCCAACUUGCAGGCCGCCAACAAACACCUCACGAAGCAGCUGAAGACGCGGGCGGUCCAGUUUCUCGAUGCACCGCGGAACGGAGCGCUGCUGGAGGAAAUUGUGGUCAGUUUUAAGGAUUCCUGCGCCCGGAUGGCCUCUAUCCAUCCGAGUUUGCUGGCGUUGGAACUGGUCUUUACGGAGUUGCUGCGACGGAACGAGAUGCGAAUUGAGGUGCAGCCGCUGAAGCCAGUUGCGGAAUCUUCCGAGCUGGCCCACAAACAGUGGCUCCAGAACCAGUACAAAGAAGUGUUUAGUGCCAUUGUGGAGGGCGGAUGUGGCCACGAGCGGCCAACCGAGAGUGCGCUGGCAUUGGCCACUGCCAUGAAGCUGAUCGCGGCGGAAUGUCAGAGUCCGCUGGAGCUCACCGCCGGAUUUCCGCUGGCCAAGCUGAAACUCCUGCUUCAGGCGUUGCUUCCCUCGGAUCGGCCCAACGCGAACCUGAUAAAUCGCUUCCAGGAGUACACCGUGCACCAGGACGUGGUCUACUUCUGCUGGAAGGUGAUGCCGUCGCUAGCUCCGAAGGAAUUCGCUCCCAACUCGCAGUUUGUCCAGAACUUCCUGACCCUGUUCAGUGCGGUUUGCUUCAGCAAGGAAUUCCUCGAGGAAACGCCCUGCUUUUUGUGCAUCGAGCUGCAGCAGCUGGACUACGCGUACAUUCGCAAACACAUCAACAAAACCUGGUCCUGCAUCAUGAACUGGACGCACGACGAAGUGUCGCACCGACAGCUGCUGGUUCUCCUACUAGAAAAGGUCCUCAUCCACCUGGACAAGCCGGUCCUGCUGACAGAUUUCCUCAUGGACUCGCUGGACGUCGGAGGAGCCAUCAGUUUGCUCGCCCUCCAGGGCAUCUUCGUGCUCAUCCAGCAGCACAAUCUGACCUACCCGAACAUCUACGAAAAGCUGUACUCCAUGUUCGAGCCCGAGAUCUUCCACGCCAAGUUCAAGGCGCGCCUCUUCUAUCUGGCGGACAUCUUUCUCAGCUCCAGUCAUCUGCCGGAGGGUCUGGUGGCGGCCUUCGUCAAGCGGCUGGCGCGGCUAGCCCUGAUUGCACCCCCGCAGGACAUUGUGAUCAUUUUGCGCUUUAUCGGAAAUCUGAUCAUGCGACAUCCGGCGCUGAAGCGGCUCAUCUUUCAUCCCAAUGGAGGGGAAGUUUCCCAGGACCCGUUCAUCAUGGACGAGCGCGACCCGAGCAAGUCGAACGCGCUGGACAGCUCGCUGUGGGAGGUGGCGACGCUGCAGUCGCACGUGCUGCCCUCGGUCGCCACCGCCGCCCGCUUCAUCUCGAACCCCUUCCCGAGCGUCGAGUGGGAUCUGGCGUCGGUGCUGGAGAUUAACGAGAAUGAUAUCUUCGACAAGGAAAUCUCCAAGAAAUCCAAAGAAUUUGCCUUAAACCUGGAAAGACCCGCGUCGAUGUUUUUGUACUGCGGCGGCGAAAAGAGCUCCCAGUACUGGAAGCUGUUUUAAAGUUUUGACCGCGUUCGCAGCGGCGGUGACCAGCCAUUUACACAAACACACACUCUUACACUACUCUACACACUAAACUAAACUAACUUAGGCUUCCUUCGGGUAGGAAAAAGGAAGACAACAAAAAAAGAGGAGAAGAAUUGCAGAUGUUUUUUUUCGUUGUUGUAAUUUGGCUAAUUUUCUCACACGGUAAUUGUAUACAUGUAUGAUUUAUGCGUAAUACACUCAUAUUAUGAAAUAUGCAUAUAAUGCUGAUAUUGAACAAGUUUAGAGAAAGAAUAAAAACGGGAUAAACCAUAAAACAACAGUCACCUACGCACCUUAAACAUUCACGCUAGCAUAAACAAUAGUGUUUUAAUGUAACAAAAGCAGACUUAUUAAUUAUCGAAUAGUAGCUAUGCAAAAAUACACAAACACACAUAAUAACUGAAUUUAUUAACAUGAAUAAUUCUAGAGACUAGCAAACACACACGCGCAGACAAAAACAAAUAAACGUUCCUAUAGAGUUUAACAAACACAAACAAUAGACGCAGCUCAGUGACCCUUUUCCUUACAUUUCCCCCUCCUUUCAUUUUAGUUCAGAAUGAACAAUAAUUGACAAAAAAGAAAAAAAAAAACACUAACGCCACUCUAUAAAGAAAACAAAACAAAAAUAAUAUGGGCAAAUCGUAACCGCGGUUCGUGUUGAUUGUUUACUUGAAUGUUAUUUAUUGUUUAACCAUAAAACCGCAAGGCGGCAAGGGGAAUGGCUUUCAAACUGCCAGCAGCCAGAGCCACAACAAAAAAUACCACAAUAAAAAAAAAUAUGACAGAACCAGUGAAGAAAGAGCAAAAAAAGAGAAUCGAUACGAUUUUGGAGCUUCGAUUAGAACCGUAGGAUUAGGUUUAGUAGGAUAUCUUCAAUUGAGAAAGAAAGAAAAAAAAAAAUAA